AGUAACCUUUAGGAUUAAAGAGAAACGUUUCUUUGUUUGGGUUUUCUUUCUUUCUUCUUUUUUUCCGCCCCCCAAGCCUCUUUUCACAUCUGUAGUGGCUUUUUCCCUCUUGUUCUGGGUCAGAGGAGAAGGGUCGGAGGAUGUCCACCCAGGCAGCAGGGAACCAGACCUCCUCCGGGGCCACUGACGACGAGGAUUCCUAUGACAGCUGGUACAUCGACGAGCCCCAGGGUGGCCAGGAGCUCCAGCCCGAGGGGCUGGUCCCCUCCUGCCAGCCCAGCGUGCCACCUGGCCUCUACCAUGCCUGCCUGGCCGUGCUGUCGAUCCUCGUGUUGCUGCUGCUGGCCAUGCUGGUGAGGCGCCGCCAGCUCUGGCCCCGCUGUGGGCGCAGCAGGCCCGGCUUGCCCAGCCCUGUGGAUUUCCUGGCUGGGGACAGGCCCCGGACCGUGCCUGCCGCCGUCUUCAUGGUCCUCUUCAGCUCCCUGUGUCUGCUGCUCCCCACCGAGGACCCGCUGCCUUUCCUGAGCCUCACCUCACCACCCGGCCGAGAUGGGGAAGCUGAGACUUCAAGAGGGCCGCGGAAGAUACUGGCUCUGCUCUAUUACCCUGCCCUCUACUAUCCGCUGGCUGCCUGUGCCACCGUCAGGCAUGGAGCCGCCCACCUGCUAGGCAGCGUGCUGUCCUGGGCUCAUUUAGGGGUCCAGGUCUGGCAAAGGGCAGAGUGUCCCGAAUCACCCAAGAUCUACAAGUACUACUCCCUGUUGGCCUCGCUGCCUCUCCUUCUGGGCCUGGGAUUCCUGAGCCUUUGGUACCCAGCGCAGCUGGUGAGAAGCUUCAGUCGUGGGGCAGCCACGGGUUCCAAGGGCCUGCAGAGCAGCUACUCUGAAGAAUAUCUGAAGACCCUCCUUUGCCAGAAGAAGCUGAAAAGCAGCUCCCACACCUGCAAGCGUGGCUUCGCAUCUCGGGCCUGGAUCUACUUCAGACACUCCAUCUACAUUCCACAGCGAGGAUUCCGACUCCCCCUGAAGCUGGUGCUUUCAGUCACCCUGACAGGGACGGCCAUCUACCAGGUGGCCCUGCUGCUGCUAGUGGGCGUGGUACCCACCAUCCAGAAGGUGAGGGCAGGGAUCACCACGGACGUCUCCUACCUGCUGGCUGGCUUUGGGAUCGUGCUCUCAGAGGACAGGCAGGAGGUGGUGGAGCUGGUGAAGCACCACCUGUGGGCUCUAGAAGUUUGCUACAUCUCGGCCUUGGUCCUGUCUUGCUUGCUCACAUUCCUCAUGCUGGUCCACUCGCUGGUGAUACACAGGACCAACCUGCAAGCUCUGCACCGAGGGGGCGCCCUGGACAUGGGCCUCCUGACCCAGAGCCCUCGCCCCUCCCGCCAGGCCAUAUUCUGUUGGAUGAGCUUCACUGCCUACCAGACUGCUUUUACCUGCCUUGGACUCCUGGUACAACAGAUCCUCUUCUUCUUGGGGACCUUGACCCUGGCCUUCCUGGUGUUCAUGCCCAUGCUCCACGGCAGGAACCUCCUGCUCCUCCAUUACCUGAAGUCCUCAUGGCCCUUCUGGCUGACCUUGGUCCUGGCUGUGACCCUGCAGAAUGCGGCGGCCCACUGGGUCUUCCUGGACACUCACCAUGGACGCCCGGGGCUGACCAACCGGCGAGUGCUCUAUGCAGCCACCUUCCUUCUCUUCCCUGUCAACGUGCUGGUGGGCGCCAUGGUGGCCGCCUGGAGAGUGCUCCUGUCUGCCCUCUACAAUGCCGUCCACCUUGGCCGGAUGGAUCUCAGCCUGCUGCCUCCUAGAGCCGCCACUCUUGACCCCGGCUACCACACAUACUGCAACUUCUUGAAGAUGGAGGUCAGCCAGUCACACCCAGCCGCGAUGGCCUUCUGUGCCCUGCUCCUGCGAACUCAGAGGCCCCAGCCCCGCGUCACCCCGCAGGAUGGCCUCAGACUGGGGGAGGAAGAGGAAGGGAUUCAGCUGCUACAGACCAAGGACCUGGUGGCCAAGGGAGCGGGGCCCAGGGCCCGUCAAGGCAGGGCUCGCUGGGGUCUGGCGUACACGCUGCUGCACAACCCAGCUCUGCAGGCCUUCCGGAAGACAGCCCCGCCGGGUGCCCGGGCCAAUGGCUCCCAGCCCUGAGGCGGGGGAAGCCCACACCUCCGUGUCCUUGCAUCCCAGCCCGUCCCUCCCCGGCUCUCCCAGCAUCAUCACCAUGGCCAUGGCAGCCCUCUGCUUGGCCCCAUCUCUGCCCGCAGGUCCCGGUGAUUUAGCGGGACCAGCCGGGGGGUCACUCUGGUUGGAUGGAAGUCUGUCAGCUCUAUGAGCCUCGAGCCUCGGGAAGGCUCUGGUCUGCCCCUCUUGACCUUGGGAAGCCAGUGAGGGCUCUAGAGAAGGCAAGCGGUGGUUUUGCCUCUUGGUCCAGGAAGCAGGUCCAGGCCCCUCCCGAUGCCCGGCCCUGCCGCCAGCCUCCAGGCUUCCCUGAAGUCUUCUCCUGACCGGGGUUGGCGAUUCAGGCCAGGGCAACCUAGCCUUCCAGCUUGGCCCCCUCAGCUUCAGACGGACCUCACCACCAUGACGAGACGCAGUGCAUCCUGUCUCCUAAAGCUUCCCCCUCUCUUUCUGGGGGCCCUUAUGGCUUGCAAGGCAGCCCAGGAGGAAGCCAUGGGCUCCUACCCCACAGCAAAGUUGUGGCUCAACCAGGCCCCACACCAAGCUGGCCACACUUGAGAGCCUGAUAUUUUUGUAGUUGGUAUGCCCUUAGAGAUUAUGAAAGAGGUUAGUGUGCUCUCUGUAAUAAACUUGUGCUUGAGAA